AUGGCUGUUCUUAGCUGCUUGGAUGAUUGGGGGAUAGAGAAGAUAUUCACAAUCACGGUGGAUAUUGAGAGCGGUGAUGAAGAUGGAGGGGACCAAGAUGUCAUUAGUGUGCAGAAUGAGAUAUCUAUUUGCACAAGGGGUAGAGGAAGAAAGAGGCUCAGAAUGCUUGGUCCACCUUCUAGUGAGGACUGGAAAGACGCUAAGUGUUUAACCGAGUUUUUGAGGCUUUUCUACAACGCCACUCUUAAGCUUUCUGGUGCUCAGUAUACUACUUCUAACCAGUUUUUCCACGAGCUUGUCGCUUUGCAGCAAAACAUCAUGACCAUGACUGAGAGUAAUGAUCGAAUAUUGAGUUCAAUGGCUUUCAGAAUGUUGUCCAAGUUUACCAAAUACUGGUCGAUUAUGUGAACUCUUUGUUGCACAUAGCUGUGGUCCUAGAUCCAAUAUAUAAGCUAAAAUAUGUGGAAUACUGCAUGACACGACUUUGCGGAGAGAAAAAGGCUGCUGAGUUUGCAGAAGAUCUUGAGAAAAAGCUGGUUGAGCUGUAUGAGUAUUAUUUGGAAGAAAAUCCUAAUUCUGGGCACUCUAAACAUGCUACUUCCGCUGCUAGCCUUGAUAUUUCUGCUGAUUUACUGAAUACAGAUCCUGCAAAAGCUCUUAGACUUUAGUUUGCAAAGGAACAUGCAUCUUCUGCUAGCAUUGGAGGGAAGUCAGAAGUUCAGCGAUACCUUUCUGAAGUUGCAGAGGGGGAAACAGAUGCAUUUGACAUUUUAUUCUGGUGGAAAAUCAACUCUUCCAAGUAUCCAAUCAUAGCACUUAGCACGAAUUGCAAAAGAUGUGCUUGCUGUGCCUGUAACAAGUGUGGCUUCGGAGUCAACAUUCAGCACUAGGGGUCGUGUACUUGAUGCAUAUCGGAGCAACUUAGUACCAACUACUGUGGAAGCAUUGAUUAGCUGUCAAGAUUGGUUGAAAUCUUCUGGACACUCCAUAGGGGUUCAUAAUGCAUUCCCUGGUAUCGAAGCAUAAGAGGAUUAAGAAGAUCAUGGAUAUGCUCCUGUUGAUCUUGUUCCUUUGGGGAUGUUGGAGACUUGGAGUCAAUAAAAGGGACCAAAAGGGAACAAGUCAGAACUCGAACUCAGAAGCAACAGAGGAAUGGGCACUAUUGGGUGGCGCCUAACAUUUGAAAAUGUAAAGGCGCCUAGGUUGGCCAGGUGCUUCAAAUGAGGGCACCAAAGAUUGAGGUGCCAACGACGAGAAAAAAGGGGUAUUCGGCAGACGCCUAGGCUAAAAGGAGUAUGUCAAAGGUGCAGGCCAGCAUUGGUGAGUCAGGAGCCCAUGAUGGGAGUACAAGCACGCGCAGACCGGUUCGACGAAAGAAGACGAUUGAAAGGCCAAAGGGGGUUAGGCGCCUGCAACAAGUGAAUUCUUAGGUACGCGCGGAGUGGAUGGGCGCUAUUGGGGCGACGCCUAACAUUUGAAAACGUAAGGGCGCCCCGAUUGAAGGGAAUGGGGAGCAUCAGUGCCACUAAAUGACGAUCAAUCUUGGGAGUAUUACUAGAAUGAGCGCCUCUCAAAAGGUGUGUGAGAAACGCCAAUCGAAUAGGAAGCAACAAGUGCGUCAAAGGGCGUAGUUAGGCAUUUAAGAAGUGAAGGUUGAGCGCCUAAUUGGGGGGUAAUUGUUGGGGGUAUUACGUGGGCCUGCCCAAAUAUGGGCACAAUAUGAUCUAGUAGAAGAAGAAAAAGCUCCAUUAUGAGGUAGGCCCAUGGGUAGUCCUAUUGGGUCGGGUCCAUGCAUGAAGUGGGCAACCUAAAGACAAAACUCAGGAAACUCAAAAGAAGUACGGAUUGCCUAUGUUCCCCCUGUUGGGCGCCUAUCAAUUGUCAGAGGCCUGACAUGUCGGUCAGGGGCCUAGUCUGACAGAAGUUUGGAGCAUUAAAUGUGUCGCUAGCGUGGAGCUGGGUUGAAGGAGCCCGGUCUAGAGUUGGGUGAGAGUAAAUAGGGCCGGUAGGUAGCAUUUAUAGGGGGGGACUUUCACACUAAAAAACUAGAGUUAAACACUUCUCUAUCUAAACCCCGGACUAACUUGAUCGCCAGAGGAUUAACGGGCCCAGGCGCCCACCUCUGUGUGCAUCUGUGCAGGCCAGACGCUUAGGAAUCAGUGAGCAAGGAGUGUGUGGCGAAGAAGCAGACUCUCGGGUAUCCGGGAAUAAACAUAAACCAUGCCAAACUUCUUUCACAAAACUGCAAUUGAUGAAGAGAUGGUUGUUAUUUUCUUCCUCCCUAGCAAAGCUCACACAGCAAAGAAGCAAAUUUUGGAUGGGAUGAAGUGUUUCCAAACUGUCGAGUGAUGAUAAUAAGCCCGGCACACUAGAGAGCAAACAAGUAUCCCAAAGAGUCGUCGAGUUAACCUUAGUACCAAGUAUUACGACAUAAUAAUCAGGUAUAGGAACAUUGCACAUAGUAUACAUGAUUG